GGGGGGGCGAGGAGGUGGAGGAGGAGGAGGAGGAGGAGGAGGAGGUGGCGGCGAGAAGAUGGCGACUUCGAACAAUCCGCGGAAAUUCAGCGAGAAGAUCGCGCUGCACAAUCAGAAGCAGGCGGAGGAGACGGCGGCCUUCGAGGAGGUCAUGAAGGACCUGAGCCUGACGCGGGCCGCGCGGCUCCAGCUCCAGAAAUCCCAGUACCUGCAACUGGGCCCCAGCCGCGGCCAGUACUAUGGCGGGUCCCUGCCCAACGUGAACCAGAUCGGGAGUGGCACCAUGGACCUGCCCUUCCAGCCCAGCGGAUUUCUGGGGGAGGCCCUGGCAGCGGCUCCUGUCUCUCUGACCCCCUUCCAAUCCUCGGGCCUGGACACCAGCCGGACCACCCGACACCAUGGGCUGGUGGACAGGGUGUACCGGGAGCGUGGCCGGCUCGGCUCCCCACACCGCCGGCCCCUGUCAGUGGACAAACACGGACGGCAGGCCGACAGCUGCCCCUAUGGCACCGUGUACCUCUCACCACCCGCGGACACCAGCUGGAGAAGGACCAAUUCUGACUCCGCCCUGCACCAGAGCACAAUGACGCCCACGCAGCCAGAAUCCUUUACCAGUGGGUCCCAGGACGUGCACCAGAAAAGAGUCUUACUGUUAACAGUCCCAGGAAUGGAAGAGACCACAUCAGAGGCAGACAAAAACCUUUCCAAGCAAGCAUGGGACACGAAGAAGACGGGGUCCAGGCCCAAGUCCUGUGAGGUCCCUGGAAUCAACAUCUUCCCGUCUGCCGACCAGGAAAACACUACAGCCCUGAUCCCCGCCACCCAUAACACAGGGGGCUCCCUGCCCGACCUGACCAACAUCCACUUCCCCUCCCCGCUCCCGACCCCGCUGGACCCCGAGGAGCCCACCUUCCCCGCACUGAGCAGCUCCAGCAGCACCGGCAACCUCGCGGCCAACCUGACGCACCUGGGCAUCGGUGGCGCCGGCCAGGGAAUGAACACACCUGGCUCCUCUCCACAGCACCGCCCAGCUGGCGUCAGCCCCCUGUCCUUGAGCACAGAGGCAAGGCGUCAGCAGGCAUCGCCCACCCUGUCCCCGCUGUCACCCAUCACUCAGGCCGUAGCCAUGGACGCCCUGUCUCUGGAGCAGCAGCUGCCCUACGCCUUCUUCACCCAGGCGGGCUCCCAGCAGCCACCGCCGCAGCCCCAGCCCCCGCCGCCGCCUCCGCCCGCAUCCCAGCAGCCACCACCCCCGCCACCCCCACAGGCACCCGUCCGCCUGCCCCCCGGCGGCCCCCUGUUGCCCAGCGCCAGCCUGACUCGUGGGCCACAGCCGCCCCCGCUUGCGGUCACGGUACCGUCCUCUCUCCCCCAGUCCCCCUCAGAGAACCCUGGCCAGCCAUCGAUGGGGAUCGACAUCGCCUCGGCGCCGGCUCUGCAGCAGUACCGCACUAGCGCCGGCUCCCCGGCCAACCAGUCUCCCACCUCGCCAGUCUCCAAUCAAGGCUUCUCCCCGGGGAGCUCCCCGCAACACACUUCCACCCUGGGCAGCGUGUUUGGGGACGCGUACUAUGAGCAGCAGAUGGCAGCCAGGCAGGCCAAUGCUCUGUCCCACCAGCUGGAGCAGUUCAACAUGAUGGAGAACGCCAUCAGCUCCAGUAGCCUGUACAGCCCGGGCUCCACACUCAACUACUCGCAGGCGGCCAUGAUGGGCCUCACGGGCAGCCACGGGAGCCUGCCGGACUCGCAGCAGCUGGGAUACGCCAGCCACAGUGGCAUCCCCAACAUCAUCCUCACAGUGACAGGAGAGUCCCCCCCCAGCCUCUCUAAAGAACUGACCAGCUCUCUGGCUGGGGUCGGCGAUGUCAGCUUCGACUCCGACAGCCAGUUUCCCCUGGACGAACUCAAGAUCGACCCCCUGACCCUCGACGGACUGCACAUGCUCAACGACCCCGACAUGGUUCUGGCCGACCCAGCCACCGAGGACACCUUCCGGAUGGACCGCCUGUGAGCGGGCACGCCGGCACCCUGCCGCUCAGCCGUCCCGACGGCGCCUCCCCAGCCCGGGGACGGCUGCGCUCCGUCCCUCGCCAACGGCCGAGCUUGUGAUUCUGAGCUUGCAAUGCCGCCAAGCGCCCCCCGCCAGCCCGCCCCCGGUUGUCCACCUCCCGCGAAGCCCAAUCGCGAGGCCGCGAGCAGGGCCGUCCACCCACCCGCCCGCCCAGGGCAGGGCUGGGAUCGGAGGCCGUGAGCCCCCCGCCCCUGCAGACCCUCCCUGCACUGGCUCCCUCGCUCCCAGCCCCGGGGCCUGAGCCGUCCCCUGUAAGAUGCGGGAAAUGUCAGCUCCCGGUGUGGCGGGCAGGCUCAGGGGAGGGGCGCGCAUGGUCCGCCAGGGCUGUGGGCCGUGGCGCAUUUUCCGACUGUUUGUCCAGCUCUCACUGCCUUCCUUGGUUCCCGGUCCCCCAACCCAUCCGCCAUCCCCAGCCCGUGGUCAGGUAGAGAGUGAGCCCCACGCCGCCCCAGGGAGGAGGCGCCAGAGCGCGGGGCAGACGCAAAGUGAAAUAAACACUAUUUUGACGGCUGUCUUUUAUAUUUCUGAGCACACACAGAGCCCUGGCGUCCACCGGGGCAGGCGCAGAGUGGACAGAGCAUUCAGGGCAGUGGACCCCCCACGACCCUCCUCGCCCUGUCUCCAUCCCCUCGAAGCCCCGCCUUACCCCAGGCAGGCCCAUUGGUGGCCACCUUUGCCGAGAAGUGACCGGAAGGCCCCGUGAGGGGUCGCACGCGGAGGCAGGGGUUACCUCUUGGGGCUUUACAAUCCGUGGUUCCUCCUGUCCUGCACUGUGGUCACCGGUCCUGUCAUAGAUGCUGUUAAUUUAAGGUACAGGCAGAGGUGGCCAGGGGAGUUUCAUUGUGUUUUUUUUUCCUUUUAGUUUCUAUUUACAUUUUGGUUGUAGAUGAGUCGCUUAAUCUUUUAAACCAAAACUUGCCUGAGAGCAUGUUUUUAUUUCAGAAAUCCAACUUCACCUAUUUUUUAAGCUAACUGGAAAUGGAGGCCAUGCGCCCCAAAGCAGCCCGCCACCCACCUGAGUCUAAGCAGUGAGUCUGGCUUUUGGGUUUCACCCCAAGUUAUCUCAAAACAAAAGGGCUGGUCGGGCCGGGCAGGGAAUUGUCAGGAGCUCACGGUAGGCAGAGGUGCCUCUGCCAGGGUCACAGAACAGACUUCCGGGAAGGGGCCUUGGCUUUUAUUGAGGGUCUCUCGAAGACCCAGCCCCGCUGGCCUCUCCCAGAGGUGCCUGCUAGUCCUUAGAGUGUGUGUGCGAAGAUGCCAUGACCAGUAGCAGCCUGAGACCCCUCUGCCCCAAGAGUGUGGGGGACUGGCAGGGAGCGAGGGUCCCUGAGACGAGGACCACGGUCCUCCCUGAGAACCUGGGUGGAGCUGGCAUUUCAUCCCCUCUCCACCUGACCCUCUGGCUCCUAGCCCACGCCCCCUCUUUUGGGCAGCGUGGUCUGCUGGCCACCCCUUCUUGGCAGCUCUGGGUCGUGGCAGGUGGCCUUGGAGACACACAGCAGUGUGCGUUUUAGUGGCAGGUUUCAGGAGCACCUCCAAGACCAGGGUGACAGGGUACUUGGGAGCUGUCCUGGACCCUCCAUACCACGGGCCUUGCAACGGAGGCAUCAGGGCUGGCUUUGUUUUCUGCUGUUCUUGGAAUAGGAACCGCUGUUCUGAUCUCCCCAAAACUGCAUUGCGGCUCUCGCUCGCCCCUGCCUGCCUGGCCAGCGCCUUCUGCUGAGUCUGUUUAUUUGUGGUGUCAUGGCCGCUGCUUUCACUGGGGUCCUGGGCACCCUGGCUUCUGUCCUCAGAGCUGGGUUUGAUCCUAGCAACCAUCCCUCUUUCUCUUUGCCCGGCAAUGCCUGUGGCAUGUGUCUGAGCAGCCAAGUGGCCACUCAUAGGAGAAGGCUCCCUGGUCACGUUGCUCCUGCUGCCGUCUUGUUCCAAGGUGCGGGGGGUACACUGUCGGUCUGUCCAGGUCAAGGUCCCUUUCUCUCACCAUGACGGAGGCUGGGGGCAGACAGUGGGACUUUUUUUUUUUUUUUUUUUUUAAGAAAAACUACAUGUACAUAGGAGAGUUUGAUUACCAUUAGACUUGUAUGUAGGACUUUAAAAAAAAAUGGCCUUAAUAAAAUUACAAGCAACCCGCCUGGAUGCGGUUUUCAAAAGAAGGCAUUGAGGACCACGCUAGGAAACCUCAUUCCCCAUCCGUCCAGCCUCCGACGGGCGCCACUGCUUGUCCCCUGGUCUUCGGUGUAGACAGGAGAGGAGGGAUGCCCACCUCGGAGCAUCCAGGGCCCGUGGCCCAUUUUCAGCAUCCUGAAGCCAGAUUCACAGUGACAUUGUGUUAACGUGACGACCUUGGUCCAUUAUGGAGUUCUUCUUCCAAUGAGAACCUGGUGGACCAAGGUCCGAGCUUGCCAGGGAAAGUGGGGCCCACACGAGUCCCUGGGGCCCAGCCAGGAGCCAGCAGCCAGGCGUCCCUGUGUUCCAGAAGGAUUCAUGCCCCUCCUGGACCUGGGCGGGCCUCCCAGGGUCUGUAUCACGGCCUUUUGUGUGUGCGUACAUGUGGUUUUUUUAAAUAUCACUACUACAUAUUCUUGAAUUGCCAAGACUUUCUGAAACAAGACAGCUUAAGGGAAUCAGCCUUUUGCUUUGUGAUGUGAAAAUACUGUGAUUUGACGAGCCGCUUCCUGAGGGGCAGGCCCACGUGGGGAGGCUGCGGCGUGUACAUAGACCCGCCGUCUGUGUCCUUGGUCAGGCCCGGAUGCUUGGUCUACGCUGGGUUAGAGGCUGCUCUCCCCACGCACCCAUGUGCUCAUGGCUUCUGCAGACCCUCUGCUGGGCACACCGGUCCUCUACGGCAAAGUUCAGCCAGGGCUCUCCCUCCUGAGAGCGUGGCGUCCCCACCUUCCUGUUUCGCCGACGUCACUCCCCAGGGUGGCAAGUCUUGCAGGCAGAGGGUGUAGCCCAAGUUCAGCCUCUCUCUGUGCCCUCCAGAGAAGAGGGUUCUUUGCCCCUGUCAGGGCCCUGCUUGUGGGUUUUCGGCUCUGGGGAGGAGAGUGUUGGCAUCAGUGUGUUUGGCCUGAUUUCUUCAGGGGGCCAAGCUCCCGGGAGGACCCCUAGCCAGGAGGGCCCCCCAUGUUCAUCCAUCCCUCCUGCUGGGGCUUGGAUGUCAGGCUUGGGGGCUGUGAGCUGGGACCUCGCCUGAGCCGGGUCAGGUGGGACAGGAGCCUGCCAGAGGCCCAUGGGGGGCCAGGCCGGGUGGCUUCUAUUUAAUUUUUUAGAGAUGGGGUCUUGCUGUGUUGCCCAGGCUGGUCUCGGACUCCUGGGCUCAAGCAGUCCUCCCUCCUUGGCCUCCCAAACUUCUGGGGCUACAGGUGUGAGUCACUUCUGCCCAGCAUCCCAGGCCUGACCAGCCUUGGCAGGACCCGUCCCUAGAGGGGGCUCUGGUGCCUCCCUUAGGUGGGCCUUGAGCUGGUUUUUAACCAAACAUCCUUCCAAACUCGGGCUGCGACCUGCUUCCUGAGUUUUCUGUAUUUCCAAGGAGCCCUCCAACCAGGGAGAGGCUGGUGGAGUAAGGUCCAGCGGUAUUCGGGGGUCCUUUGUCACCUCGCCCUGAAAACAGCAGCUCCCAUCACCUUCACUGGGUCCCGAUGGAGCCGUCUCAGAGGCCGAGGGGCCUUCCGUGUGGGGGUGGGACGCAGGGGCUCUCAGAGCAAGGGCCACAAAGCCGAUGGCACAGAUGUGCCCCUGGGCCUGGCCUGUCACCUGCAUGUGGUGCUCUGGGCCAGGGUGUGCGGGCGCCAGAGCCUUCCCUACACAGCCUAAGAGCAGGGGCAAGACUCGGCCCCUUACUCACCCUGUUAGGCCUGCCGGGGCUACAUGGACACCUGGGUUUCUUUCUACCCCCAUUCAUCAUGGGCCAGGGGCCUCCAUUUCCUGAGGGGUCUUGCAGCAUGUGAUUUGGGAGUCCCUGGGACGUUCCCCAGCCAGCUCCACCUGAGCCAAGUGUCCUGUUCCCUGUGGCCCUUGGCCUUCCAGGGUCCUGGCCAGGCAGGGGUCAGGCACCCCAUACCCUUCUGCGUGGCACAUGUGUUUACCCACCCCCACUGGCCACAGACACCAUUCUCCCCCUGGGAGCAGGAGGUGGAGUAAGUUGUACCCCCAGGCCUGGGUGCUGGGGAGUUCCUGAGGGCAUGGGUGGGGCAAGAGUGAGUGCCUCGUGAUCCCAGCCUCAGUUUCUCUCCUGUCACUUUCUCAGACCUGCAGGUCUCAGGGCCCCCGGCUCCUCCUGGGCAGGAUGGGGGGCAGGGGCUGGGCCUUGGGGUGGUGCUGGCUCUGACGAUUCCAGAGGCUGUAUCCACCCUCUGGGCUCCUGGCCAGCAUCCCACCCCCAGGAGCCAGGGACAGGUGGCAUGUGUUGGGGUCCGGGGAUGGCCCCCAUCUCGAAGUGUUCUGGAAUCUGGGGGCAACCCUUGCCCAGCCCAGCCAUCAAGCACUUCUGACCUCCUGCCCCCCAGGAGGGGACUUAGCCAUGGCCUUGGCCAGCAGGCCUGGGGAGGGAGGGCUUUGGUAGCCAAAGUCCACUGGCCCUGCCGUGCCCCGAGUAGGAAACUGUCCCCUAGGGGCUGGGUGGCCCCACUGAUAUAUGCAAACCCGCCGGUCCGAGCCCUGUUCCUGCCUGUGCCCCUCUGUGCCCAGGCGGCUCUCCCCCAACCCCAGCAUGUAUACUCUGCCACGGACGUCCCGUGGGCCGUGAUUGUGGGCGGCCACAGUGGGCGGGGGCAGGCGGCUCAGGGCACACUCGGCCGUCCCUGCCCCAUCCUCUGGCGUGGCCGCUUUUGUCUUUGUACCUUUGCAUCCUUUGUAAUGAAACGUAAUAAAAAUCCAACGUUUUCGUCA